AUGGCGCCAAGAAGAGAGAAUGAGAAAACCGUAAAAUUUGCAAGGGGCUCCAUUAGAGAGUCGCGGAAGAUGUCCAUCUUCAGAAUACCAGAAAACAUGCGCAAAGCAAACGAGGAGUUUCAGCGAGAGAAAAAUAAGCCCAUCAUAUCGAGUAGUUCCAGUCGAAAGUUCUUUGCAAAAGACGACGAGACGCGUCGGAAAUCAUCAACCUUCAGCAUAGCCAGCUCGUACAUCAUCGAUUUGCUCACUGGGCCAACUGCGGAAACGCUUCCUGACUCAAUCCAACACCAAAUGAGACGAAUUUCGCUUCAUGGGAAAGUUGUUAACGUAAGACCACUCGGUAGCUCUGCCCUCCGGAUUCAGCGAUUACAGGACACGGGGUUUAAAUUCGAUUAG